UAGUUGCGCAACAUUAUUUAUUCUUUUUUUUUAAUGUUGUAUCUAUAAUACAAGGUUAGUUCCCAUAAGUACUUUCCCUUCUUAUAUUCGCUCUCCCACUCGUGAGCGGUUUUCUGUCAAACCUUUCGAUAUUCGUUUUAGCGCGAAGCAAGGCAACAUAAGCAUCAGUCAGAUCGCGGUUUUUUUAGUGUGUACAACGUGUUCUGAUAGGCCACAAAUGACCACGUUGAGGCAACAUGCGAGGGAACUGUUGCGUCGAUUCGUCAGAAUCGAUACAAAGAGCGAUAGAGCAUUAGACACGCUAACCAUGGAUAUUGAGGAACGGAAUUUAUUGCGAUAUCGUCCAUAUUCGAAAAUUCCUGGACCUAAGCCAAUACCUCUGUUGGGCAACACCUGGCGAUUUCUACCUUACAUAGGAAACUUUGAGAUACAGGCAAUAGACAAAAUAUCAAAACGACUGCAUGCUCAAUAUGGUAACAUUGUAAAGAUAGAAGGUCUUUUAGGCAGACCUGACAUGGUAUUUGUAUACGAUGCAAAUGAAAUCGAACGGAUUUUCCGGCGAGAAGAAAAGAUGCCUCAUCGACCCUCUAUGCCAUCGCUUGAUUAUUACAAGCAUGUACUGCGAAAGGAUUUUUUUAAGGAUAACCCCGGUGUUAUCGCCGUCCACGGUGAGAGUUGGUACAAUUUCCGAAGUAAAGUGCAGCAGGUGAUGCUGCAGCCGCGAAUCGCGCGAAUGUAUAUCAGCGCGAUCGAAGAAGCCAGCAUGGCAUUCCUUCGCAGGAUAGCAAAGAUACGGGAUCAAAAACUCGAGGUACCCGACGACUUUCUCAAUGAAAUGCACAAAUGGUCUUUAGAAUCUAUUGCACGAGUUGCGUUAGACGUGCGUUUAGGUUGCUUGGACGACGAUGCGGACGCCGAAACGCAAAAGCUCAUAAACGCAUUGAUCACGUUUUUUAAAAAUGUACCUGUACUCGAACUGAAGAUGCCUUUUUGGAAACUCUUUAACACACCCAGGUGGAAGCAAUACGUAAAUUCUUUGGAUAUCAUUGUGAGUACUAUAUCAAAAUAUACCACCGCCGCUUUGUUAAGAGCUAAGAACAAUGUGACCUCGAAAAAAGAAUUAUCUCUGUUGGAGAGGGUUCUAGCUCGUGAGGACGAUGCAAAAGUAGCCUCCAUCCUCGCUUUAGAUUUGUUUUUGGUUGGCGUUGACACGACGUCAACUUCAGUAGCCUCGGUGCUUUAUCAGCUGGCGCUACAUCCGGAGAAACAGGCUUUGGCAUAUGAUGAAAUCUGCAAUAUACUUCCACAAAGAGACGCGCCUCUCGAGGCGACAAACAUCGACAAUUUAAAGUAUUUGAGGGCGUGUAUUAAAGAAACUCUAAGAAUGUAUCCAGUUGUCUUAGGCAAUGGGCGAUGCAUGUCUUCGGAUACUGUAAUCGGCGGUUACCGCAUACCAAAAGGAGUGCAAGUGAUAUUUCAACACUACGUAAUUAGCAACCUGGAAAAAUAUUUUCCACAAAGUCACGAAUUCCUUCCGGAACGAUGGUUGCAUGAAGACGGAGUCCGUCACGCAUUCGCUUCGCUUCCUUUCGGUUACGGCAGGCGAAUGUGUCUGGGACGACGAUUUGCCGAGCUCGAGAUGAUUAUCGUCAUUAGCAAGAUUCUUCAGUUUUAUAAAAUAGAAUAUCACCAUGAAAAAUUGGAGUAUUACAUUAAUCCAAUGUAUACACCGAAAGGACCAUUGAAGCUGAGAUUUAUCGAGAGAUAAUAAUUAGUGCUUCUACUUUUUCAGAAAAGAGUGUAGUAUAGAACGUAAUCGAAAUUAUUUGUAUUAUUUGUAUUAUGUCUAAGCUUACUUUUUAUAUGUAUAUGAUGUAAUGAUGUAAUGUUGCAUAAUUUAUCGAUAUUUGUCUAAAAUACACUUUAUACACAAUUAAAUAAUUACAUU